CCAUCUACCGCACACUUCCGGUGGUUGAUACAUUCACAUGUUGAAAGGAAAGACGCAUUUUGUGAAGUUGAUUUCGUAAAUAGACAGACUGAACGGUUUCUUUUUACUCAGCAAAGGUUGUCAAGAAGGUUGAACCAUGCCGAAAAACAAAGGAAAGGGAGGAAAAAACAGGAGGAGGGGUAAAAAUGAGAAUGAAAAUGAAAAGAGAGAGUUGGUUUUCAGAGAAGAUGGACAAGAAUAUGCACAAGUUACAAAGAUGUUGGGCAACGGACGAUUAGAGGCUCUCUGCUUUGAUGGAGUGAAGAGGUUAUGUCAUAUCCGAGGAAAACUGAGGAAAAAGGUGUGGAUAAAUGCUGGUGACAUCAUCUUACUUGGACUAAGGGAUUAUCAAGACAACAAGGCUGAUGUCAUACUUAAAUACACACCAGACGAGGCUAGAAAUCUGAAGGCAUAUGGAGAACUUCCAGAAUCUGCAAAACUCAACGACAACCUCUUUGAUGAAGAUAAUCAAGACGAAAUUGAGUUCCAGAAUAACUAUGAUGGAGAUGAUGAUGAUAUUGAUGAUAUAUAAAAGAAAAUGACAUUAUUUUGCUUAGAUGCCAUGGAGUAAGAUAGGAUGAAUAUAAAUUAUGAGCAGAUUGUCUGUGGAGAUAAACUGUCUGCUAUUGUUUGACUGUGAGAUUGACCCAGAUGUCUACUCCGUUAUCAUUACAAGCAUAGUUUAUAUAGUGAUGUCAUGUGAUAAUACCUGUAAUGAUGAAUAUCCCAUGGAGAACAUGGACAAGCCAUCUCACACAGAAGAUUAUUCCAUGUGACUGUUAAGGAAGUUUCAGUGAUGCCACCCAGACUUUAAUCUGGGACUAAGAAGAACCGAUGGUGAUCUACACUUGUUAUUGUUGGAGUGAGAGUUUCACUUUAACACUGUUAAGCAUUUUUCAUGGAUUAUACUAUUUUUUCUCUCUGUGUAUAUAUGAGACAAAAUCAAAUUUUCUGAUAAAUAUACACCAUGCAUUGUUUGUCUCUAUAAUUAGCAUAUGGAGAUAUCUGACUGAUCUCAUAUGAUUAUCUACAAGAUUUUUUUCAAAAUUGCUACAUUUUUCAAUGGGUUGUUGGUAAGCUGAUUUUUU